AUGGGCCAGGGCGCAAGCACCCCAGCAUCAUCCGCUUCAUCCACCCCGGCGGCCACUUGCCCCGUUGAUCAUAAAACCCGUGAGGCAUGGCUGCAGCAACAUAAGCCCGGAGAUGCUCCUCAUCCUAUCGCCUCAAAUGACGGAAAGCCAACAACAGCUGGAGGAAAACAGCAACGCCCCCUUUCAGCAGACCGCGAAGUAAGCAGUAUACCAAGAGCAAUCGUAUCCGAUUCGGACGCACCACCAUCCGAGUGUCCCGCCGCACCCUCUUCACCGUAUGCAUCACCGACUGCGUCGCACGGUACGCCAUCAAAUGCGGAAACCGAAACUGGCCAUGACAAGUCAACGGGGAACUGGAUCUAUCCUUCUGAGCGGCAAUUCUUCGAAGCGUUAAUGCGCAAGGGCAACACACCAUCUUCAGUCGGUUCGGCCUCAGAAUUAGCGACUACAGUAGCAUCAAUUAUUCCGAUUCACAACGCUGUCAACGAGCGCGCAUGGCAGCAAAUUCUAGAAUGGGAGCAGAAAGCGCCAAGCUCGGAUCCCGGCAGUAAGAAGUGCGGGGGGCCUAAGCUGUACUCAUUCCGCGGAUUGGGUUCUGAGCCGGAGUUUUUGAGCCCCAGAGCGCGCAUGAACAGCCUGAUGGGGUACCAGCUUCCUUUUGAUCGACACGACUGGGUCGUAGAGAGAUGUGGCGGAGAGCGGAUUGAGUAUGUUAUUGAUUUCUAUCAAGGGAAGUCAACCGGAGGGAGCAAUGGAGUCGGUCUGGCUGCAAAUGCUGGACCAGGCAAGCUCAGCUUUUACCUUGACGUGCGGCCGAAGUUGAAUUCUUGGGAAGGCUGCAUAAUGAGGUUCAAGCGAUUUUCGGGUCUAUAA